AUUUUUUAUCAUACUUUUAAAAUUCAGAAUAAAAAAAAAGAAAAUGGGCAGUUACAAAACACUUUCCUCCAGUUUGAAUUGGCCCAGCGGGCUCGGCGACCAAGGCACGGUGACCUUGGUGACGAGCGUCGGUCUAGGAGCCAAUGACGGCACGGUUUUAAUUCCGCAUUUCCUCACGAGUGCAUAUGAGCAAAAAUUGCCUGCAAUCUUGGUUAGUUUCACACAAACGUAUAAUCAUUAUUUGCAUAUUAUGCGCAAAAUGGGUAUGGCCAAGACCAAGUUCAAGUUUGUCAAUGCUCUGGCUACUACCAUGGUUGGACAGAAGGAAGGGGGGCUGGAGGCUUUGCCUUUGGUGACUAGGCCGGACUAUACGUUGAGGCGUGGUGAAUGGAGUGGAUUUUUCCAAUGGUUGAGUGACCAGACAACUAUAGCAGCAGCAGCAGCAGCAGCAGCAACAGUGGAGGUGGAGCAGGGGGAACAGGGUGGUGUGGUUUUGGUCGUGGAUGGAUUAUGUUCGUUGGUAGAUUUAGGCAUGGAUAUAUCGGAGGUUGUGUGGUUCAUGGAUUGCUGUCGCAGAGUCUUAGGCUCGAAGGGAAGAAUAGUUGUGGGUGUUUUGUUGGAUGAGUUUACGGAGGAUUUGGUCAGGGAGUUGGUCAGAAAGUCGCAUUAUUACUUUGGGUUUACGGCUUUGGUCUCGGGAUCGUCCAGGGAUAUCUCUGGUCAGGUUACCGUUGUGCCUGGUCAGCUUUAUUGCCAGUUGCAGAAUCUGCAGAACAACAGUGGUGGUGGUGGGAGGGAGUUUAAACCGCUUGUGCUGCAUUACUGUGUUUCUGACACCAAUGUGCAGUUUUUUUCGCCCGGUCAGUCGCACAUAGUGCUUUGAAAUAUAAAGUAAAUAGAAAAGAGCAAGGAAAAAUAGAUAGAGAAGAGAUAUACAAGCCAGAUAUAAAAAUAUCGUGGUGGUGGUGGGGGGUAUUUUUAU